CGGCAAUGUUCAAGUUGAAGAGUUACACUGAAAGUGAGUGUUGUGGAUUAAUAUUGAUGUAGCGGUAUAUGCUCUAUAAUUGCAAGAGAUACUAAGGUGGCACCAUGUCUUUGGCUGAUGAACUUUUGGCUGAUCUGGAAGAUCAAGAUGGAAUGGAUGACCAGUUCAUGGAAAGCAGUGCCAUGCAUGAAGUUAAGCCCACAUUACCGACAGAAGAAGACAUCAAGGUGUCAUCAGUGCGAGAAUUGGCGAAACUUCGGGACUCGGAGCAAUUGAAAAAUAUAAUGGCAUUGAUUGAUGAGUAUAGCAUUAAAAUGAGAAAAUCAGAGGAGAUUACUGGGCCAGUGGAGGCUGAUCCUGAAUACCAACUUAUUGUUGAAGCUAAUAAUUUAGCAGUUGAUAUUGACAAUGAAAUUGGUAUCAUCCAUCGUUUUGUUAGAGAUAAAUAUUCAAAGAGAUUUCCUGAAUUGGAGUCACUUGUUGUUGGCCCUCUUGAAUACUGUAUGACAGUAAAAGAACUAGGAAAUGACUUGGAUAGAGCAAAGAAUAAUGAAGCUCUUCAACAGAUUCUGACACAGGCAACUAUAAUGGUCGUAUCAGUUACUGCGUCAACCACUCAGGGGCAGCUAUUAAGUGAGCAGGAGAAGGAAGAUAUUGUAGAAGCAUGUGACAUGGCAAUUGAUCUUAAUAAUUUUAAGCAGCGUAUAUAUGAAUAUGUUGAGAGCAGAAUGGCAUUUAUAGCACCAAAUUUAUCAAUCAUUGUUGGAGCCUCCACUGCAGCAAAGAUAAUGGGUGUUGCCGGUGGACUAACAAAGUUGUCAAAAAUGCCAGCAUCUAGUAUCUUGGUCCUCGGUUCUCAGAAAAAAACUCUUUCUGGUUUUUCUCAGGUUACAAUGUUGCCACAUACAGGAUUCAUCUACUAUUCUGAUAUAGUUCAGGAUACACCACCGGAUCUCAGGCGCAAAGCAGCGAGGCUAGUAGCUGCUAAAAGCACAUUAGCAGCACGUGUUGAUGCUUGUCAUAUAAGUGCAGAUGGUCACAUUGGCAAGCAGUUUAGAGAAGAAAUUGAAAAAAAGCUGGACAAACUGACUGAGCCUCCACCAGUGAAAUUUGUGAAGCCUCUUCCAAAACCUAUUGAUGCUGGUAGAAAGAAACGAGGUGGUAAGAGGGUUCGGAAGAUGAAAGAACGAUAUGCCAUGACUGAAUUUCGAAAGCAAGCAAACAGGCUUAACUUCGCUGAUAUUGAGGAUGAUGCCUACCAAGAAGAUCUUGGCUAUACCAGAGGAACAAUUGGUAAAACUGGAACAGGUCGUAUCAGGUUACCCCAGGUUGAUGAGAAAACCAAAGUACGCAUUUCCAAGACAUUACAAAAGAAUCUGCAAAAGCAACAACAAGUUUGGGGAGGAAGUACAACUGUGAAAAAGCAAGUGUCGGGUACAGCCUCUAGUGUGGCUUUCACACCACUCCAGGGUCUUGAAAUUGUUAAUCCACAAGCAGCGGAAAAGAAGAUUAAUGAAGCAAAUGCGAAAUACUUUUCCAACACAUCUGGUUUUAUUAAAAUACAAAAAACGUGAAUAACAUGUUAUUGAUGUAAAAUUUGUGAAACUAUCAAAUGCAAGCACUGUGUACGGGUAUAAACUUUGUGCUCAAAAUCUUUGCACAAGAACACUGUGCCAUUCUCAGGUAAAUAUCAUCAGGUCAAAUAUAUUUUUAUUUGCAACACUUUUUUUACAGCAGAUUCAAUCAGUCCCACAGAAGAACCAUAUCUAUGCGGUGUGUGCUAAGAGUAUUGGUUGUUGGACAUACUUUUCAUUUGUUUGUGUCAUUCAUAUUGAAUUAAUAAUCACACUUCAAAGAAAUAUUUAUUAGCUACUCAUCCAGCAAUUCUCUAUCAUGGGCAGUGCUUGAAAACUGAAAUGAAAGUAAUCUUAGUAAUGUGCAACAGGGUCUUUUUCUAACCUGUGUUAAUGUUGUUGUCUUUGUAAAUAUAAUUAUUGAAAGACUGAUUAUCCAGUUAUAUGGAUUGUAUAAAAUGAUACUGUGUAAAAAACAUACAAAAAAUUAAAAUUGUAAGUUUUCUAUUUCCAAAA